AUCCUGUGGUCUGGUUUUCUUGCAAAUGAGUGGUGUCGUGUCAUCAGAUAAUACAAGAGAUGUGAGGUGACUGUCAUCAGUUUCAGGAGCUAUUUGAGAGGUGCAACCUAGUGCAUAGUAUAUUUGCAUAUAUGCAUGCAAGCGGAGACAAGUGCAAGAAGUGUUAUUUAUCUUGGGAGUCAUGGAAUGAAUUCAUCCAGGAAUUGAAGUUGAAAACACGUCUGUUUGCCAUGAUAUGUUUACUGUUCAUUUCAAUAAAAUUGUGACAAAUCUGAAGGAAUUAAAUGUAUUGGCAGGUGAAGAUGAAGCAAGAAUUUCUCACACUGUCACUGGCGCUAAACUAAAGUUUCUAGACCCCAUUCCUUUGACAGUAUACCAGAAUGGGUUCCUACUGUUCUCUGGUCCUUUUCGACCUUACAGUGAUCCAUUGUCUCAGCGUUUUAUUCAAGACAUUAUGGAUGGUUAUUUUCCCUCUGAGUUGCAAGACAGAUAUCCAGAUGGUGUACCAAUCACGCUGACUGACAAACGUGAGGUGAUAUUUCGGGAUAGACGACAUGAGACAGCUUUUCCUGGGUCAGGCGAAGUUCUAGGUGGAGAAGCAGGGCCAUCACAUCUAAUCACAACUGGUCAAUUAAGAACAGAAGGCAAGAAAACUAACGGGAUAAAAGAGACAAAUGAACCUCCAGGGGGAAUAGUACCAGUAGACAACUUUCUGGAUCGUCUUCCCAGAUCAGUUGUGAAAAAUGGUAAAGUAAUUGACAUUCGAUCAGACAUAUCACAGCAGUUGAAGCAUCGACCUGGUAGUGGAGUAGUAUCUGUGGUUGAUACUCCUGCUGUUCAAGCUAUCAGAGACGGUCGCUUGUCAGACAAAGACAUUACAACAUUGAGAGUGAAGUCAGAAGGAGGAGAUAAGACAUACAUUGUGAAAUUGAAAUUUAGUGACACGAUUCAAACUCUUCGUCAAUACAUAGACUCACAAAGGUCUGGAAAUGUAAAACCAUACUGCAUCAGGACUUCGUUUCCCAACAAGGUGUAUAACAAAGAAGAAGACACACUAGAACAGUGUGGACUCACACCCAAUGCCACACUCCAUUUAUCCCUCCUAUAAACAUGUAUGCUAUCUACAUAUUGUAUGUAAUAUAUAGCACUUGUAUAUUUGAAAAUAUAUGAUCAUAGACUAUGGCCUCAUGAAGGUUAUAUUUCAUAA